CGCCCCGGGCGCACCACCCGGGAGGCCGGUCAGCGCGCCCAUUCAUCCUCACGCUGCUGCCGCGCUCAUCCACCCGCGGGGCGCGGGGUCCGGGCCGUCCCGCGGGUCCGGGAGCCAGCAACAUGGCCGACAGCAGGGCCAAGGCCCCCAGCAAGACGCCCCCCAAGUCUCCAGGGGACCCCAUGAAGGACAAGUCGGCCAAGAGGCUCUCUCUGGAGUCGGAAGGCGCCAACGAGGGCGCGGCCGCAGCCCCAGAGCUCAGCGCCCUGGAGGAGGCCUUCCGGCGAUUCGCGGUGCACGGGGACACCAGGGCUACCGGGAAGGACAUGCACGGCAAGAACUGGUCCAAGCUGUGCAAGGACUGCCAGGUGAUCGAUGGGAGGAACGUGACCGUCACUGACGUGGACAUCGUCUUCAGCAAGAUCAAGGGGAAGUCCUGCCGGACCAUCACCUUCGAGCAGUUCAAGGAGGCGCUGGAGGAGCUCUCCAAGAAGCGGUUCAAAGAUAAGGGCAGGGAGGAGGCCAUCCGGGAGGUGCACAGGCUCAUUGAGGGCAAGGCCCCCAUCAUCUCGGGGGUGACGAAAGCCAUCUCGUCGCCCACUGUGUCGCGGCUCACGGACACGACCAAGUUCACAGGCUCCCACAAGGAGCGCUUCGACCCGUCGGGCAGGGGCAGGGGCAAGGCAGGCCGCGUGGACCUGGUGGAUGAGUCAGGCUACGUGCCGGGCUACAAGCACGCCGGCACCUAUGACCAGAAGGUGCAGGGGAGCAAGUAGCCUUUGGGGUGGGCUCCUGUCCACUGCCAAGGGGGCACCACCUCACUUCAUUACAUUCCUGUGCCCACACGGGCAGAACUGACGCCGGGCCAGUGUGCUGGGGCCAUGCCUCCUUCCCCCCGGAUCCUGCACACCUCUCUCUGCCCAGGUUUGGCCCCUGAACUCACUGACCUUUUCUAACAUGCCUGCUGCGUCCCAUGGCCAGUGGCUGUUCCCAAAGCAUCUCCCAGGACCAGGCCAGAUCUCCCAACCUUCUGAACCCUCCCAGGAGUGUGAGUGAACCCCUAACAGGUGGUGGAGUCUGCGAGGACAUAGUGCAGGCACAAGGAGGUGGGACAUGCAGGGGCACACACGCACAUCCACGCAUGCUAGCACACGCACACGCCUACGGACAGGUCUGUGCCAAGGGGGGUCAUGUAGCCUGAGGCCAGUGUGCAGCCAGUGACAGGAGCUUCCCGGACCAAAAUGGUAACUACGGGUAGCUCAUUGUUUUGCUUUUCUAAGAAAAGUGUGUUCUCAGAUAGGUCAAGGAUGAUCCAGGAUGCCCUCCUCUCUGCUUUCCCCCUGCACCAGCGUCUCUGGGUCAGACACCCCGUUGGCUGGGGCUCUCUGUGGGCAGGCAGAGCCGUGGCCAGCAUGAGACUGGGCGCCUUCUGCCCACGUCCCCCACACUGGACUUGGGCUGCUCCCCCCUUACGGCAUGGCACAAACCUCCCAGCCUCAGCCUCUGCAGUGAAUUCUCGCCUCUCCAGAGCCAUUUGGCAACAGCUCUCCCUAACCUCUCCCAACCCCUGGGAGUGUAGGAAACCACACAAAACCAGGCCAGGGGAGGGUCCCAGACCUGUGGUAUUUGCCGGGGUUUGGCAUCCUGCAAGGCCUCCUGCUGUCCCUUUGCAUAGACACAGCCCCAGCUUGGCCCAUGACAGGCUGGCGUGUGGUCCUGGAGUUACCCAGGAAAAUGCUUCCUGGAGCCUGUCUGCUUUUGUUCCCAAGGCAGCAGGUCAUCUGGGGGCAUCCUGUUCCUGGACUUGGCCUGGCCAAUCGCACACAGCCAAAAAGCCAUCACUGCCGUGACACCCCAGCUUCCCAAGCCCCAAGGGGAGCCCGCCUGUGCAGAGGGUGGCUCAGGGCCAGCAUGCCCAGCCCACGUGGCCUCUCUGGGGGGAUAGCAUCUCCAUCAGCCCCCAUGCCCCUUAACUCAGAUGACAGUGGCCUCCCAGGCCAGCUUUGUUCUGAGGUUCUGCAAUGUCACACUGCAUGGCCCUGAAACAGGACACGGACCACCAGCUUCCGGAGUCACUCCUAGGGCAUGAUCUCACUUCUGCUUCUGAGCUGCCCGCCAGGCCUCAGCUUCGGCAGGGAAGCCAAGGGCAGUGCUGGGGGAAUAGCUGCAGGACACAGCCCCACUCCAUGCUCUCCCUGAGGCAGGAGAACAGGUGGGACAUGUGUCUGAAGACAGCUCCAAACCUGCCAAGGGCUUUCUGAUGAACCCAUCACAUCCCAAGACACACAUUUUGGGAGCAACCCCAGAACAGGGCUCCUCCCCAUGCCUUGCCCCCAAGGCUCCACCACAGAGGCCCUGGGUCUCCUGGUCCAAGGCAGCUUUGCUCCUUCUGCCUGUGAGGAACCCAGUGCCCACUGUUCCAGUUGAGUCUCGCAGCACAGACCCAGAUUCAGCAGAAUGCCAGCCCUGCAGCGUGCAUGCCCAUGCAGAGAGGCAGGUCCCAGCCGCAGCCUGCGGGAGGGCACCUGGGCCCAAGUGGCUGUAAGCCCUUCUGGGCACAGCAUGCUCAAGAGAGAGGCACCUGUUCUUCCUAAAGCAGUGUCUUCAGGCAAGAACAGCUUCUCUAGUCUGUCAAGGGCUGGCUGCCCAGAAACACACGGGAAAUCGGGGUGUAAGCAAAAGAAAUGUAAGUGUCUGUCCUCAGGACGUCUGCUGCACUGCCCCCCCACCCCCGGAACUGCAUCGCUGGCCUGUGGAGCCUGCACUCCCUCAGGCCAGUGGGGACAGCUGCUUGGUAAGACACUCUAACAGCUCUGAUAAAAGUCCCCCAGUGCAUGCAAGACUGCCAGCAGCAAUUCCCUCUGGGUGUGUGUGGAAACCAAGUGGGCACAGCUAUGCCCCUUGGUGGCCUUUCAGUCCCAGCCCAGCACCUGUGGGCUCCUGGCAGGAGAACCCCACACCCUGGGAUGGGGCAUCAGUGCUGGGGUGUCCCAGGGUCAGCCUGGUGGUGUGCUCGGGCGCUGUGGUCUCUGCUGUGUCCCCAGCAUACACGUGGGCUAGGCAGCUGCCGCCUCCAGUCCAAGCUGUGAAAGCACAACCCCCUCUGCCAUGGGGGGAGGCAGAGAUGGUAAUGACUAGGUCAGGACUCAGCAGCCACCAUCUGCUGGUCGGAGCCACCUGCUCACUGCAUCCCUGCGUCCAUGUCGCCUCUGAGCACAGAACACGUGCCUGGGCUCCAACGUCACUGUGCAGAGCAGACACGUCCAUGAGUGCCCUUCCAUCAGGCCCCCAUUUGUGCAUGUCCUAUGCAAUGCCCUCCAGCUUCUACUAACCAUGCUUCAAUAGAACUAAACGUCCACCUGUGCAUGAGCACUGCACAGCGGGUGCCAGGAGGCAGACAUGCUGUCGGGAGGACGCAGCUGGUGGCAUCUGAGCAGCAGGACCAGGUCUCACCAGAUGCUUAUUUAUUCCUACUUAAGGCCAUGGAAUAAACAGCUAGGUGGUGGUCAGUAAGUUAGCUUUACCAAAACUGAAGUUCAAAUCACACAAGUUUAAGAACAAAGAUACAUAUUUAUGCCGCAGUAUUUUUAUUUUAAGCCGUUAGUGUCUUCAGUCUGAAGUUUUGAGGUGGACGAAGUUACAGCAGAUGCUGCGGUUGGGAAGGCCGUGGGGCUGGGGGUGUCCCAGGGGCCAGGAGUACAGGGGUCCUGGGCAUCCCUCUGAACACGUGUGGACAGAGGCUGUGAAGCAGGGCACAGGCUCGGCUGCUGGGUCCGCUGGCCUGUCUCUGGAAUAGUUUCCUGGCCUGUGGCCAUGCCCAAGUGCUCAGGCAUUGUGCCAGUCCUUUUGCACUACAUCAUGGCAUGGAGUGAGGCAGACGCCACAGCCCAUGAAACCUGAACCUCCGCCACCUGCCCUCGGGGUCAGGUGCAGGGCCCACACACAGGCUGGCUGUGCCCCACCCCCAGCACACGUCCACAGCCACCCUGCAUAUCCUCCCCUGACCUGUGCAGCAUAGGUGGGCAACUUGGCUAUUACUGUGAAUUCUCAAUAGGCUAGACACCCCCGAAACCCUGCCCUGAGUAGCUUCCCUCCACCAGUUUACUACUGAACACUGUGCGACCUGGGGCUCGGGCAUGGCAGGUGCAGCAUGAGGCCCUGGCAGUCCCCCUGCACUUGGAGAUCUUUAGUGACCCUCUCUUUCGGCCCCUGCAAACCCAAACCAAGCCAAACAAAGGAAAACGCACAGCUUAAGAAACUUGAAGGGUCGGAUCCUGGUGGUUUGCACUGAGUAUUUUUCAGGAGCGGGAAAUGAAUUUAUAUAUAUACGCGAUCUAUUUUUACACUGUUUAGUUCGUGUGUAGUGCACCAAGGACAUCGCUGUCAGUGUGGCGGGUGACGUGGUUGGCGUUGGAGCGCUCUGACUCACAAUGCACUGGCCAGGAUGCCUGUGGGGUCGUGGCCCUGCUCCCCCUGCAAGUGCAGGUGCUGUCGAGGCCGGACUGGCAAACCUGUACUGGAAUGGCACACUGUCUGCGCAUGCUCCUCAUGUCUGCUGUCAACACUGUCAGGUGGCUGAGGCGAUAAAUAAAGGUGUUGGAUUGCA